UAUUACACGAUACUGUAAAUAUUGGAAUACAUCAAAUAUUCCUCCAUUGAGCUUCGAGCAAUUGCAAAUGCUGUUUACCACGAGGAAUUCAUAUAGUGAUGAUACCCGUCACACGAGGUUUUUAAAAAAUUUCAAUGUCAAGUCCUAGGUAAUCUAUCUCACCGCCAAAUACAAUAAAAGGCAGCUCAACAUGAACUAUCAGAAUUGGCUAAUAUGUGACUAUUAGGGUUUCUGCAAUUGAGCAGAACCACAUUGGUAGGUGCAUUAGAGAGUCUACAGCUCUCCAUUCUCGCCAUCCUGCACCAUGGGGGAUUUUGGCUGAAAACUCUGGGUUUCAAUACUUGAUUUAUUGUCAAAUCACUUCUCCCCGAUUUUAGAUCCAAUGUCUGACAUGAUUAAGUAGAAGACGGAAGUCUCCAUACGAGCUCUUCUAACUCAUUUGGAAACUUACGUUUUCGUCAUGGUUCCAGUGCCCGUUACGAUUCCGACUUCAAGGAUCAAGUAUGGGUGAAAACAUCGGGGAAAAGUAAGUAAGAUCUACCUGUCCGGCAAUUAUUCUCACUCACUUGUAUUCUAGUAUGCUCCGAGUUUGUCGAUGAGGCUCCCGAAUUAGAUGAGAUAUAUACAACAGUACUAAAACGUGAAAGCGAGUCCACAUCAGAGCCAAUUGACCGGCGGAAGAAAACGCCCCAAUCGGUCGUCUCGACAGAGUCGGCAGAACCAGCUCCUAUAUCUCGUACCAAAGCAUCUAUAGGUUCCUUCUCCAAGCAUCAGGCAAAAUCUCCAGUGAAGAGACGGAGACCAGAUGAUGGCGAUUCAACUUGUUCAAAUAAGAAUCCGAACAUCAAGUCCUACCCAAGAAGGCCUGCAAAGACCAAUGGUUAUCUCACCGAAUCGAGCAUAUUUGAUGGAACCAUGACCCAGCGACAUGUAGGACCAUACGUAUCUACAUUCUUCCCUCAAGCAUUGAGUGUUGGUAUUGAAGCCGUUGAUGGGCUACAACAGUCGGAAAUACAAGAAGCCUGUCUUUUGAGGUACUUUGCAGAUGGGUUAGCUUGCUUGGUACGUGUGUCCCUAAGGAAAAGCUAUUUUUACUUAUCACCACUUUCAGUUUGAUCUCUGUGACCCAGAGCGGCAUUUUGCUUUAGUAGUCCCACAGCGAGCAAAACAUUGUCCCGCACUUCUCAAUGCUAUUUAUACAGCGUCGGCGAGACAUCUUUGCCAACUUGAGCAAUACAAGAAAAAUGGUGUAGUCGAAUACCACGGAAAACAGCUGCCCAACUUACAUAUGGAGACUGCUGUGGAAUAUCACAGCAAAUGUAUCGAGCAUCUUGUAUCUGUGUCGGAUGAUCUCGAUGCCUUAUAUGAUGAAAAUCUAUUAGUAGCUUCUGUGAUAUUAAGGUUCUACGAGGAAAUCGAUGGUUCGCUCCUCCGAUACAAGAAUUUGAUAUCAAUUGACUAAUCACAUAUUGUAGCUCCUUUGAGUGGCGGAGAUUGGGCGCAAAAGGGGACUCAAGUAUUUAUCACAGCUCAAGCAUCAGGAGGUCUUGAUAGCAGUCUUCGUAGAGCAGCUUUUCGGGUGGCGUAUAGGCAAGAAGUUCAUAUGGCAUUCAUCAAGCAAAGGCCUUUCCACAUGCCUUUGCAGUGCCACGAAUAUCGGUCUUUAGAAUAUGCAGACGAUUUUACCUGGGCUUAUCGGACAAUUGUCCAUUGUGCCGAUGUAUUGCAAUACUGUUAUGGCCACGGGAGUAAAACCAAUAGUGAUUAUGAUAUGCUAGUUCAAUAUCAUGAAGGCUGGGAAAACUUGCGUCCACAAUCCUUCGACGCAUUAUACCAAAGAGGUGCCGCUUGGAAUACGAAGCAGGCUUUACCAGAGAUAUGGUAUUUAUCUGAUUGUCAUGGUAAGCUGUUUCAGGUUACUUGAGUGAAUGCGAUGCUCACUAUAGAGAAUAGUCACCGCCCAUCAACAUAUGGACAUCUCCCAGAUCCUACUCGCAACCUACAAUCCUCGAAUACCAAGGCUGGGACCGGGGCAUCGAGCAGCCAGCCAGAGAAUAGAGGUAUUCUCUCUCAUGUACGGCUUUGAUUGCCAUACUUAUUAAUAAUCUAUAGGCACAAAUAAACACGAUCGUCAAACGUCUUUGUGGUGUUGCAAUAUCAAAUCAUCGAUCUCCGCCUGCCAUGAACAUGGCAUGUAUGGCUAUUUCCAUGUGUAGGUCUUCCGAAAUUUCAUCAGCAAAUAAGAAAAUUAAUUAAUGAUCUUCCUUCACAGGCGGUGAACAGUUCACAAAAAUCGAAGAACAAGAGAGUAUUCUUGAAGUAUUAAAAUAUACCGAGAAGCAACAUGCAUGGCCAACCAAACACAUUCAGGAUAGACUGAUAGAAGCUUGGGGAUGUUCAGGAAAAGGUACAUCAAGCCACAGCCAAGAUAUUAUAGAAGAUGAUAUGGUCACUGUUGAUGGAUGGUUGUUAUGACAAUGUAUGAUAGAUGAUAGAUUUUGUUUUGCGCUACGAAAAACCAAGUUGUUUGUUCUACUGUCAAAUUUCCAAAUCACCACCAAGUCGAAUCUCGGACCUGCAAUGCUGUUUGAUGCUUACAUUGAUAUGUGCUCCAAGACAAAUUGA